AUGUCAAUCGAUUCAGCUGUUGAUGACGACCGGCUCCUGGAAGAGCAAGAAAGGUACGAUGCUGACCCUGUUUUGUUGACGAAAGAGUCCUUGGACUAUCACCACCGGGCCAUAGCCUCCAUUGCUCCAAUCCUUGAAGAUUUCACUCCUGUGCUAUCCAAAUCUGAAAUUGUGUCUCCUUCUCAGGAUGCCUUGUCGAGAACAGUGUCGAACGUUAGUGCACUAAGCAUCAGUCAUCACCAACCUUCGGUGGCGUUAUCUUCUAGUGGUAGUAAUAACAACUCACCAAGUGAUACAAUUGUCAUAGAGGACAGCAAGAAGGAACCUGAAAUACAGGAUAGCGAGUUAUCACAGUCUGACAAGAGCAAAUCGAGUGAAGUUUCCGGCCUGUCCAUCAAUGCCAGUGCAUCCAACGCGAAUGCUGCUGCAAACCCUGUUGUCACCUCUGGUGAGGCGUCACCACGUCCGAUCUCUUCCUCUGACUCUUUCAACUCCAUCCUGAAAUCUAGAACAUUAUCCACCUCAUCCACAACUGAUUCUCCUUCAAGUCCGAAGUUGAAACUCCCUCGCAUUGGUACUAUUGGAGUAUGUGCAAUGGAUAACAAGGUGUUAUCUAAACCAUGUCGACAAAUCUUACAGAGGCUCAUUGCAAACGAUGAAUUUGACACCGUCAUUUUCGGCGACAAAGUCAUCCUUGAUGAGGCCGUUGAAAACUGGCCAACUUGCGAUUUCUUGAUGUCAUUUUUCAGUACUGGUUUCCCGCUAGAAAAAGCUAUUGCUUAUGCAAAACUGAGAAAGCCAUACUGCUUGAAUGAUUUGAUAAUGCAGAAGGCUUUAUGGGAUAGAAGAUUGUGUUUAGAGAUCCUGAAGGCUGCUAAAGUUCCUUCUCCUUAUAGACUGGUCAUUUCAAGAGAUGGUGGUCCACAAGUUGACGACGAUUUGAGAGCUAAAUUGGAGGCAAUAGGCAUCGAUUGUAGCGAAGUGGAUGAACCAGAUUGGAAGAUGGUGGAUGACGACACUCUGAUGGUGGACGGUCAAAUUAUCAAAAAACCUUUUGUCGAAAAGCCUGUCGAUGGAGAAGACCACAAUGUCAACAUUUAUUACUCCAAAAAGAAUGGUGGCGGUGGUAGAAGACUAUUCAGAAAAAUUGGAAAUAAAUCCAGUGAAUUUGAUCCGCAGCUGAAUGAGAUCAGGACCAACGGUUCGUACAUUUAUGAAGAAUUCAUCGAUACUGAUAAUUUUGAAGAUGUCAAGGCUUAUACUGUAGGUGUGGGCUAUUGUCAUGCAGAAACCAGGAAAUCUCCGGUGGUGGAUGGUAUAGUGAGAAGAAAUACUCAGGGGAAAGAGGUCAGAUAUCCAACGGAACUUUCGGAAGAGGAAGUUCGAAUGGCUCAACGGGUUUGUGAAUAUUUCCAGCAAACUAUUUGUGGAUUUGAUUUGUUAAGAACAAAUGGCAAAAGUUUUGUUAUUGAUGUCAAUGGUUUUUCAUUUGUUAAAGAUAACAAAGAGUAUUAUGAUACUUGUGCUUCGAUUUUGAGAACUAAAUUUUUGGAAGCAAAGACUCUGAGAGAGCAAAGUAAAGUGCCUAAUCCAAUAUUGGAGAAGAAACAGAAAUGGAUCUUCAAGGGUUUUGUUUCUGUUAUCAGACAUGCAGAUAGAACACCAAAACAAAAAUUUAAGUAUUCGUUCAGGUCCCCUAUUUUCAUCUCACUCAUGAAGGGAUAUAAAGAGGAAAUUAUUAUUAGGGAAGUCAGGGACUUAAAUGUUGUUUUGCAAACCAUCAAAGUUGCUCGUGAGAAGAAAUUAGAAGAUGAGAAAAAGUUAAAACAAUUGGAAGGUGCAUUAGAGAAAAAAAUGACGUUUCCUGGUACCAAGAUUCAAUUGAAGCCUGCGCUGAAUAAAGAAACAGAUGAAAUUGAAAAGGUUCAGUUGAUUUUAAAAUGGGGUGGGGAGCCAACCCAUUCAGCUCGUUACCAAGCAACAGAUGUGGGUGAGCAAUUUCGUCAAGAUAUACAGUUGCUAAAUAAAGCGGCAUUAGAUGAUGUGAGAGUUUUCACAUCCUCAGAAAGAAGAGUCGUUGCUUCAGCGCAAUUGUUCUCCAAAUCAUUCUUGGCAGAAGAAGAACUACCUGAUGAUUUCCUGAAAGUGAGGAAAGAUUUAUUGGAUGAUUCGAAUGCUGCCAAAGAUCUAAUGGAUAAGGUUAAGAAGAAGUUGAAGCCAUUGUUGAGACAGGGUAAAGAAGCACCACCCCAAUUUGCAUGGCCUCCAAAGAUGCCUGAGCCAUUUGUUGUUAUCAAAAGAGUGGUUGAAUUAAUGAAUUAUCAUCAUAAAAUGAUGGAGCUGAACUUCAAAACUCAGGAUGUUGAGAAAUUCCAGGCUGACUGGUGCUGUGGUGAGGACCCGUUCCUGUUCAAGGAAAGAUGGGACAAAUUGUUUGAAGAGUUCGUUUCUGUUGAAAAGGUACAUCCUUCAAAGAUCAGUGAAUUAUAUGAUACUAUGAAGUAUGAUGCAUUACAUAACCGUGCCUUCUUACAAAAAAUUUUCGUCAGAAAUGAUGAUUUUGGUAACUUAGAGGAAGACCAAUCCUAUUUAAGUGAAUUAUCCGGCUCAUUGGUCAAACAGUACCCAAUCAAUAUAUUGGCUAUGAAUGAUUUUAAAGUUAACGACUCAGCGUUGGAUGCCACUUCCACUUCAUCUGCUGAGGCAAGUAGUAAUCCUGCUGGAUCCAUCGGAUGGGUUUUAUCGUCAUCAUAUAAGCCUGCACACAAAUCACAAACACAACGAAAAGACUCCCCAUUUGAUGACCCUAAAUACAACUUAUUACGUGAGCUGUAUAGACUCGCCAAAGUGUUGUUUGAUUUUAUUUGUCCACAAGAGUAUGGUAUCGAUGACAACGAAAAGCUGGACAUUGGAUUGUUGACAUCGUUGCCUUUAGCUAAGCAAAUACUGAGUGAUAUUACAGAGAUCAAAGAAACCAACAGAGCAGGAACGAGGGUUUAUUUUACUAAGGAAUCGCAUAUCUACACGUUAUUGAAUAUCUUGUAUGAAUCAAAUGUUCCAAUGAAGAUUGCACGUAAUGCAUUGCCUGAAUUGGAUUAUUUGUCUCAAAUUGUCUUUGAGCUUUACGAGAGUGAAAAUACAAGUGGCAGCAAAAAGCAUUCAAUCAGGUUGUCAUUAAGUCCAGGUUGCCAUACUCAAGAUCCGUUAGACGUGGAAUUGGAUGACAAGCACUACAUCUCAUGUAUCAGAAGAAUUAACCUUACAAGACACUUGGACAUGGAUUUGGUACAGCAGAAACUGAAGAGUAGGUUUAGUAGGGUUUCCUUGCCAAAGAAAUUUACGCCGGUCAAUAUUUCAAGUCCAUUAUCGGAAGGUAAACCGUGA